AUGUCGAGGCCGAAUAUCGCGGAUCCGGAGGCCGGCGCCGAGGAGGCAGCGCUGAUCUCCCUCUUCGAGCACCUUGCCAAGGUCUUGAAAAAGCCUACUCUGGCUGCGGCCGCCGUGGUGCACUGCCAUUCGCUCGUCAUGAGGGGAGUGAAGCUCGUCGUGGACAGCACAGAGCCUGAGCGGGCCUUUCUGCGCCUCUUUGCCAAUCGCGCUUCGAGCCGCGAAUGGCGGUCGGCUCUCGCGCGGUGCCGGCCGGACAUGGGUGAGCUCGCGGACGACAUGCUGAGUCACCUCGACCGCCGCUGUGCCGCGCAGGAGAGGAGAGACAUCCUCCUGGCGCCGGGAGUCGGUGCCAACGUCACGGCUCGCUCUGUGCAGCCGCACGAGGAGGUCUGCGCCGGGCCGGAGUGCACGAACGCCGGCGUACAGAAAUGUGGACGCUGCAAGCUGGUCUCGUAUUGCGGUCCCGUUUGCCAGAAGGCGCACUGGAAGGCACACAAGAAGCUCCAACUUGCGCGUUUCGCAGGAGCGACGCUGCGAGGAAAAACGGGCUUCGACUACAUAAUUACGGCCGACGCGCGCCAAGAUCUGGGCCUGUCAUUUGAGAACGCGUUUAUGGGAAUCGCCUUCAGGACUGCCAAGCUCGUCGCCGGCGACCGCAGCCGCGACCGCAGGCAGAGGCAUGGGGCGCUGUGUCGGAUGUUGGACACGAUCGCGACCAACGCAGUACGUUUCGGCGUCUCGAGGGCGCAGGUGCACACCCAACUCGAAGCCGAGUACGAGCCGUUCAACCCGGAUGGCCCGGCGAGGUUUGAUAUGAGCAAGGGCGACCUUGAGACGGUCAUGGACAGGCUGCCGUGA